CAACGUGCUGAUAUGUGUACUGAUGGACAGCCACGAACGUCCUAUGUGUGCUGACGGACACACACAGACAGCCACGGACGUCUUAUGUGUGCUGAGGGCACACACGGAUGUCCUGUGUGUGCUGACGGACACCCAUGGACGUCAUGUGUGUGUGCGGGUCCAAGUUGGGCUUUGGAGCCAGGAUCGGGUCUUACAAGUUGAAUCAGAGCAGAGUUGGUUCUAGGAUUGUUAUGGGGUUAUGGGAAAUCACCACACAUCCGGCUGGGUCUCAUGGUAAGGUCUGGUUGAUUGCGUAGUUAGCCUAAGGGAUUGUGUGUUUCCUUAUAUGAGUUGAUGAUGGGGUUAACCCGACCGUGUUGUUGCCAAUCCAAACGGAUGGGACAAAUGUGGAGAUCGGGCCGCCUGUUGUUCAGGUGAAUCCGACUGAGGUUCGUGUGGACGGAUCAGGACGUCAGCUGGAACCGGAGCUGGAACCAGUUGAUGGAGCUGGACGACAACAAGAAAGGGGGUUUGAGGAGCAAGGAGAGUCCUCGCAGACUGGUCGCCAGGACGAUAAGGUAGGUGGAACAGCUGGUCAAGUGAAUCAGACUGCUGAACCGUCUAUGAAGGAGGUGCUAGAAGCCAUGAAGGCUAUGGGGACUCAGAUCUUGGCCUUGACCCAGGCAUUCACGCCUGUAAGGACAGCCAUUCCUUUGGGGAAUGACCGGACGGGUCCGAUUGCGGCAGCUCAGGCAGCUGGUCGAGGAGCUCAGCAGCAGUUGGAGGAAGUGGCUGAGGUGAUUGAAAUCGAUCCCCCAGCUAGGACAGCUAAGAGGAUGGAUUAUCUGAAGCUGCUUGAGCACAUAUCCAAGCUGGGGACUAAACACUUUGCUGGAAGUGUUGAUCCAUUAGAGGCUGACGAGUGGAGGAGCAGGCUAGUCCGUAAUUUCAGCUUAACUCGAUGCCCAGAUGACUACAAGAAGGACAUUGCAGUUCACUUCGUGGAAGGUGAUGCUCACAACUGGUGGUUGGCUCUAGACAAGCGUACCAGUGGCAGCAUUGAACGCUUCUCCGACUUUGAGGUGGAGUUCAACCACAAGUACUGCCUAGCUGAGGCAUGGGAUCGUCUAGAGGCUAAGUUCUUGGACCUGGUUCAGGGAUGCAGGACAGUAAGGGAGUAUGAAGAAGAAUUCAACCGUCUCUGGCGUUAUGUGGGUAAGGAGUUAGAGGACGAGUCAGUACAGGUUCGUCGGUUCAUAAGAGGCGUAAGGGUUGAGCUCCAAACCUACUGCUCAGUUCGCACCUUUCACACUGUGUCUGAACUGGUUGAAAGGAUGGCUAUGUUUGAGACUAACUUGGCCGAGGAGGCUAAGCUGAAAACCCGGAGUCACACGGUUCCUAGUGGUGGUAGCAAUGACCGCAAGAGGAAGAGGGAACAGGCUGACGAAGGUAAACCUUCAAGUGGUAGGCCUGAGUGUCCCAAGUGCGGCAGACAUCAUGGUGGUGAAUGCUGGAGAGCAAUGGGAGCCUGUCUCCGAUGUGACAAGAUGGAUCACUCAGCUCGUGACUGUCCUAGAUAGGAGCAAGGGGCUAGUGGUGAUACAUGGACAUGCCAUUACUGUGGAAAGAAGGGACAUCUCCGAAAGGAUUGUCCUAAGCUGUCAUCCGGGCCAAGCAAGAGCCAAGGAGAGGUUAGCAGCCGGAUCAGAACCGCGGAAAGACUUCAGCACCGCGCGUCUAUGAGUUGUCCAAGGAUGAGGACAGGACCAGGCCAUUCCAAGCGAUCACUGGUAAUUGUCUGAUCUUGAUCUUUUCAAUUCAAUAGAAUUGCAUGGUACGGAACUUAGAAUGGUUAGAUACUUAGAUUGGGUCAUAUGUAGAGACCCUAAGUAUUGGUGGUGUGGAAACACACGUACUUUUUGAUACUGGUGCUACACAUAGCUUUGUGAGCCCAGGGAUGCUCGGAAAGGGGUUGUUCCAGUUGGGAACGGGGGAUUGUCCUGGGGUAGUGAACGCGGCCGGUGGGCAAGUUAUGAGGUCACUAGGAGUGAUUCGGGACAUCCCAGUGGUGAUCCAAGACAGGGUCAUGCCUGUGGAUCUUGUGGUAGUCCACCUAAAGAAUCACGAGGUGAUAUUAGGUAUGGACUAGCUUGGAAAGAACCGGGCCACUCUUGACUGUCACCGGGGGCGAGUGCAGUUUGAGGGUGGGUGUGGAUCUCCCGUCAGGUUCCAAGGUAUAUAUCCGAUCUCUGGAUGCUUGGUGGUGUCAGCAAUCCAUGUUGAAAAGAUGCUGAGGAAGGGUUGUGAAGGUUAUCUAGCCACAAUCGCCAAUAAGGAGGU